CCGGAACUAGUCAAAAUAUAAUUUCAAAACGAGGCAGCCGGCCACGUACAGCCAUUUGACAAGGCUCGAGAGAAGAAACAAAACAUAAUGGUUUCCGUCAUAAAUACAGUGGAUACGGCUCAUGAAGAUAUGAUUCAUGAUGCUCAAAUGGACUACUAUGGAACAAAGUUAGCCACGUGUUCCUCAGAUAGAAGUGUGAAGAUAUUUGAUGUGAAGAGUGGACAACAGACUCUCAUAGCAGAUCUCAGAGGACAUGAAGGCCCAGUAUGGCAGAUAGCCUGGGCACACCCUAUGUUUGGGAACUUGCUGGCCUCCUGUGGCUACGAUAGGAAAGUUAUUAUAUGGAAGGAGACUAAUGGGACGUGGGGCAAGCUGUAUGAGUACACAAACCAUGACUCCUCAGUGAACUCAGUAUGCUGGGCACCCCAUGAGUUUGGCUUGUUGUUUGCAUGUGGCAGCUCUGAUGGCUGUAUAUCAGUUAUUUCUAGUACAGGUGAUGGUGUCUGGGACAGCAAGAAGAUUACAAAUGCACACACAAUAGGCUGUAAUGCUGUCUCCUGGGCCCCAGCAGUUGUCCCAGGUUCACUGAUAGAGCAGUCUGGAGGACAGAAACCACAGCUAGUGAAGAGAUUUGUGUCUGGAGGCUGCGAUAAUCUGGUCAAAAUAUGGAAAGAGGAAGAUGACCAGUGGGUGGAGGAACAGAAACUGGAGGGCCACAGCGACUGGGUGCGAGAUGUGGCAUGGGCGCCAUCUAUAGGCCUGCCGAAAAGCGUUAUUGCCAGUUGUUCUCAGGACUGUCGUGUGAUAAUAUGGACAAAUGAUGGAACAAGCAGCGCCUGGUCAUCAAAAACGUUGCACAAAUUUAACGACGUUAUUUGGCACGUGAGCUGGUCUAUUACAGGGAACAUACUGGCUGUGUCUGGAGGAGAUAAUAAGGUGAGCCUGUGGAAAGAGUCCCUAGAGGGCCAGUGGGCAUGUAUAAGUGAUGUCAACAAAGGUCAAGGUCAGGUCACAGAGGCAGAACCUCAGGCUGCAUAAACAUCAGGAGAACUGGCAUUGUGUGUUAGGCGAUAACAGUCAUGGACAAUUAAAUAUUAUCAGAAAGAAAUCGAAAAGUUAUUUUUAAUGAAAGUGAGAAGUGUUUAAAUGUCAUUCGUUCAUUCAAAAUGUAAGCAUCUUUGACAGUUUUCAUCAGGAGAGAAAUGGAGCAUUAUUCUUUUAUGUUCAAAACUGGGUUAAGACAAAGUGAAAGAUUUUCUGCAGUUGCUGAUAAAAAUGUUCAUAUAGUUUGGCUGAAAAGUAUAAAAUGUUUGUUAAAUUCUCCAAUUUUUUUUUCUCUUGAUAUGUCUUUAAAGCAGAAAUGUUUUUGAAUGAGCCCAAAAGCACAAUUAUCAUUAUAACAGCCCACUUUAUUAUAAUUACAAACAAAAGCUUAGGUACCAUUUUUGGUAAAGUUAAAGAAGUGGGGUACAUUUGAGCCAGUUUGCUCCUGUAACGACAAAGUGGACAGUUACCAGAAAGCUCAGUGUAUAUUAUUUAGGACGAACACUACUCUCAUCAAUGCUUUUUUACAAGAAGGGAAAGAUAAAGAGAUCCAGCCUCAUUUGUUUCCAUAAAGAGAUUUUUUCAUUUGAUAUGUAUAAAAUUCUGUACAUAAGUAAAAAUCCAAUGACAUUUUAUAGCAUUUGAUAUUUAGGAAUUUGAGAAAGUAGAUUUCAUUUUAGAAGGUGUAACAUGUCUUGUUAGUCAGAGUGGAGUUAAAAUAAUUUAAUCAGUGAUUAAAAUAUAAAAUAAAUAUUUUUUCCUUGUACACUUGGUAAUUGAAGAGAUGUAGCAAACAAAAAGAAAAUACGAUCAAUAUUCUAGCAAUCCCCGAAGGCAUUACCUGGUUUGUCAAAGAACGAUAUAGAGUUUGGAGUGUUAUAUUCAAAAUAUUGGAAAAGAAGCAUGGGGGCGUGUCACUGUGCCAAUUGAUUAUCCCUAGCAGGCUGUAAUAUAGGCCGUAUUGAACCACCACUUUUAAAGUAUAUAUUAAGUACAUAAUAAAUGAUUAAA